AUGGAGUCGCAAACAGUCUUAGUGAUAACUCUGCUUCUAGUUCUCCCAAUCCCGAUCAUCCUGAUCUACCACCUCAACCUGUCCAGUUCAGUUUGCAGAGUUCUUAAAUGGCCUCGUAAACAAUCUACCCAGAUUACCUCGCUACGCAUCUAUCCCAUCAAAUCAUGUCGCGGCCUAGAAGUUACUCAGACGCUUUUAAAAAGCCAUGGCCUCGAUCUUGAUCGUCGCUGGAUGCUCGUCGAUACAUCAAAGAACAAUUUUUUGACCAUCCGUCAAAUCCCGAACAUGACCCGCAUCGGCACAGCACUGAGCCCAGAUGGUCAUGAAUUGAUCAUCACUGUUCCCAAAGCCGACAUUUCCGAAAAGGAAUCAUUCCACACAAUUCGUAUCCCAUCUCACCCUACCCCAGACUGGCUCGCAGAGAACACAUCCAUCGAUCAGGUUCACAUCUGGGAUAUCGAUACGGACGGUUACCGCUACAGUGAAGCGAUCAAUGCACACUUCUCUGAGUUCCUGGGCCGCAGCGUCGCGCUCGUCUACAAGGGUCCUAUGCCCCGCGUGCUGAAAGGCAAUGGUGACCCCAGUAUCCUGGGUCGCGUCCAGACGACGGGAUUCCCCGACGUUCACCCCGUGCUCAUUGCGUCGGAGUCUUCGCUGAGCGAGCUCAAUCAGCGUCUAGAAAACAAGGGUGUUGAUCCAAUUACUGUUGAGCGCUUCCGACCGAAUAUUGUGGUUAGAGGCGGGAAGGCGUGGAGUGAGGAUUCGUGGAAGCUGGUCCGUAUUACGGGCGCGGGCGGUCCUGAAUCCGCGCGUGGAACGCCGCUCGAUCUAGAUGUUCUUGCGCGCUGUGCCCGCUGUCAUGUACCCAAUGUUGAGCCUACGACGGCAGUUGCGCAUAAGAAGCAGCCGUGGGAUACGCUGGUGUCAUAUCGGAGAGUUGAUGAGGGAAUUAAGUGGAAGCCUUGCUUCGGCAUGUUGAGUGCGCCACGCAAUGAAGGGGUGGUUGGGGUUGGUAUGAGGUUGGAGGUCUUGGAGGAGACCAAUGAGCAUCGAUAUAUGGCGGGAUUCUGA